CCUGCGAGCAGUGCGAGCACGGCGAAAGUGCUGGUAUAUAUGCCGCUGAUUGGAACGAUGCAACUUCAGUGUGCACUCCCGAAGGCUACCAUGAGCACUUCGCAGAUCCUCGUGCUCCUCGCCCUUGUGGCGACGGUGGCUCUGGCCACCGAGACCAAGAAGUCCGACAGCAAAGGGGCCGUCGGCUCAAAGGAUGCCAAGAGCAAGCGCGGACUGGAACUGAGUCUGGGUCAUGACGGUGGCUUUGGUGGUGGCGGUGGUUUCGGUGGGCACGAUUUCGGUGGCUUCGGCGGUGGUGAUUUCGGCGGAGGAUUCGGCGGCGGUCUUGGUGGAGGCGGCGGCGGCGGCGGCGGCGGCGGUGGCGACGGUGGACGCAUCUCCGGCAUCACGAUUCACCGUGAAGUCUCGGUACCAGUUCCGGUGCCCUAUACCGUCGAGAAAAAUGUACCGGUACCUGUACAUGUACCAGUGAAAGUUCCAGUGGACAAUCCGAUACCGUAUCACGUACCAAAGCCUUACCCGGUUCCGGUAGAGAAAACCGUAGGAGUUCCCGUUGAGAAACCGGUUCCAGUACCCUACAAGGUGCCCUACAAGGUGCCCGUGAAGGUGCCUGUUCCCUAUAGCGUACCUGUUAAAGUACCUUACCCCGUGACCAAGGAGGUGCCCUAUCCAGUCAAGGUUCCGGUCAUCGUUAAGGAAUCAUACCCGGUCCUGGUACAUGAACACGGAGGCGGCUUCGGCGGUGGCGGCCUCGGAGGCGGAUUCGGAGGCGGCCAUGAAAUCAGCUUCGGCCUGCACCAUUGACAAUAGUCUGAUGACAAUCGAUAUUAAUGAUAUUUUUGUAUAUAAUGAUUAUGUUUCUUUUUUUACAUUGUGCUGUCUUAGCAGAAUAAACAUUAAAUUAUUAACUCGA